AAUUGUGUGGCCGUUUCUCCUUGUGAUUGCAGGCGUACGAAUUCUACUUGCUUAAAAAUGCCACAGGUCACUGAUGAAGAACUUCAUAAAGAAAUCGAAAAGAUCUUAAAGAAAGCGGAUCUAUCGAAAACUUCCACCAAGAAGGUGAUACAGAAGUUGGAGGAAGUGUUCGAUACGGAUUUGACGAGUAAAAAGGAGAGUAUAGACAAGAUGGUGCUCGACUUCGUCAACUCGCAGGUAUCUGAUGACGAUGAAGAUGAAGACGAGGACGAGGAAGAAGAGGAAGAAGAAGAGAAAAAGAAGCCUCCCAAGAGGGCGGCCAAGACAAAUAAGCGCGCAAAGAAGCCGCGUAAAGCAGAUUCUCGUCGCAACUAUAAAGGUUCCUCAGAUGAAGAUGAAGACGACAACGACGGCAACGAUAGCGAGUUCGAGGAAAAGAAAUCGAAGCCAAAGGCUAAAAAAGGAGCUAAGGGCGGCGGGCGCGGCAAGGGCAGCGGCUACACGCGCGCGUACAAACUAUCGCCGUCCCUGUCCGCCCUUAUGGGGGCGGAUGAGAUGCCGCGACACGAGGUCGUCAAGCGCAUGUGGGCGCUCAUCAAGGAGAAGCAGCUCUACGACCCGAACAACAAACAGUUCGCGAUAUGCGACGAGGGACUCUACAAAGUGAUCGGCACCAAGAGAUUCCGCAUAUUCGGCAUGAUGAAGUAUCUCAAGUCGCAUUUCAUCGACGAGUAAAGCGGGACCGGAGCACCCAUCCUGUCGUUAUUGUUGCAAACUGGACGGCAGCUGACGGCAACGGAAACAUAAACUAUCAUUGGACAUAAUGUAGAUGCUUGAACGGUGACUAAAGAUGUCAUACCAAUUUUGGUGGUUUGCACCGCGGCGUUGUGACGCUUUACAGUAUUUGGCCAAUAAUAUGUCAUGUUUGUAUUGAAUCGGAUAAGUUUUUUAUUUUGAAAAGUCAAUUGACUGGACGGUUGGAAUCGAAUUCUCUCCGUUUUGAUUCUGGUAUGUGCGGACUGAUGGAAAAAUGUUUGCUUCGAAUGUGUUUUGUUGUACGUUAGUUGCGUUUUUUUUUUUAAUUCGAUGGCAUCUGUUUCUAUUUCUAUUUGUGAUGACCAUACGGUAAUUAUAAUGAAUAUCAAACAAAUACCUACGUAUUAUAUUUAUAUAAUCAGUCCGCACGAAAAACUUAUUAUCUAUGCAAUUGAAUAUUGUGUGCAAAAUACGAAAAACUAAAAUACUAUUAUUAGUAAAAAGAAAAUUGCUGUGAUAUCAAUUAGAGUUGAUUAAUGUUACGAAUAGGCAGCAAUUAAAUAUAGAAAGAAGUUAAGAUUUGAUUAUUGAAUAAUCUUAGGUAUAAGUACCUAACAGAAAACUAACUGCGUUUUGUGUAUUGCAUUUAAAAAUUCUUCGUUUGAUAAGGAGAGUUACUAAUUUUUAGAUAUUAGGAUAGUUGUAAAUUAAUUAUCUUACCAAUCAGUCGACAUAGUACAAGAGUAUGUACAUGUAUGACACGAGUAUUCUAUAAUCUAUUUUGCAAUGCAAUUACAGUCGAAUAUUAGAUUAAACAUAAAGGUAUUUUUGACAGUUAAUCACUCUUAAUUUAUAGAGCAUAUGGGAUAAGAAAUGCCAAAAUUAUUAUGACGCUAUUGAAGGUUUUUAUUUUAGUAAUUUCAUGAUUUUUUUCACUUCUAAAUAAUAUAAAAAAGGUUGGUUGAAUUAGGGUAAUGACCUAAAUUGCAGUCUGACAUAACCCUUUAUAAGGUACUUUAUUAUGUUUGUAUUACGUCAAAGUAUUUGUAAAUUUGAAAAUAAUCACUUUUCCUAUAUAUUCGGCAUAGGUUCUUAUUUAUAAGUAAUAAAUAAAAAUUGACU